AUAAUAAUCACUUCCAUCCAGACGCCUUCUUCUCUCCCAUCUUCUUGGCCCUCACUGCCUUGUUUUUUCUUCUGGCUCCGUAUCGCCGAUCACUUCUUAUCUCUCCAGAGUACAGGCGACCGCGAACCAGAGGUCGCCGCCGCCGACCGCAGUGAACCAACGACUGUUUGCUCCACAGACCGCUGCUGCCGUGCACCGUGAACCAGCAACCGGAGCUCUACAGACCGCCGCGCAGCUGCCCCUUUGCCAAUCUGCCAUUUAUUUUGGCUGAGAGGAUAGUGUUAACUGAAGGCCGAAGUGAAGUGGAGGAAGUUAAGAGACUAGAGAAUACAAAUGGAGUGGUUGCUGAUUGUUGUUUCAUUGACUGUAAUAUGGGUGGCUUCUCUUUGCAAAGUUCUCCAUGAAUCUCUGUCUGGCUCCAAGGCUACAUUUUUAGAUGAUGGUGGAGUUUCUCUGAAGAGAAAUGUUUUGUUGGUUAUUGCCCAUCCUGAUGAUGAAUCUAUGUUCUUUGCUCCAACCAUCAAUUACCUAACUUCAAAGGGGCACAACGUACACAUAUUAUGCAUGUCAACCGGUAAUGCAGAUGGCAUGGGGGAUACUAGAAAACAAGAGCUCUACCUGGCUGCUGCAACCCUUAAGGUUUCUCCACAGCAAGUAAAUAUCUUGGAUCAUCCAGAUUUGCAGGAUGGUUUUGGCAAAAUUUGGAACAGUGAUUUGUUGGCUGGAAUUGUAAAGGAGGAAGUAGACAGACAUUCUAUUGAUGUAGUCAUUAGUUUCGACAAUUAUGGUGUUUCUGGCCAUUGUAAUCAUUGUGAUGUGCAUCGAGGUGUGCGAAAAGUGUUGCAGGAUGCUUCACACAAAAAUGUUGAAGCAUGGGAGCUUGUCAGCACUAAUAUAUUGCGCAAAUACAUUGGACCAGUUGAUAUCUGGUUGUCUAUCUUAUAUGCAAAGCUCCAUCCAAACAGACAAUUGCAUUUCUUGAUAAAUGAACGUCCUCGCAAAAGCUAUGCUGCAAUGGCCCAACACCGGAGUCAAUGGGUUUGGUUUCGUAAGCUUUUUGUAUCCUUCUCCAGCUAUACCUUUGUGAACUCUCUAAAGAAGAUCAACAACUAAGCGAUGCCCAGAAACGUAUUCAUGAAGAGCAGGGCGUUUGAAGCAGUGGAAGUAUUGGAAUAUACAGGCAGGCUUAAUGCUGGUGCUGAUGAUGAGUGUGAAGGGGGGCAUUUGCCACUGCCACUGCCACUGCAAAUGCAAAUCUGUUGUUCACUAUCUAUCUAUCUCUUUGUGUUUGGUGCAGCAAGCAUUGAAAGCUCCGCCUGAAGAGAUAGAUGCUGGCAUUGCUGGGAACUAUAUAACAAUUUUAAUUUUGAAUGGAUCUUACAACAUUUAUAAAUAUAAUCAUGUGAACUACACUUAA